AUGUUUCCUUGUGAGGUUUAUUAUAAAAUUUUAAAACAUGUUCCAUACAAAACCCUUUAUGGAAGUAUUCGUUUAGUCAAUCACCAAUUUUCCCAAAUUGCUUCAGAAAUUCUUGAGAAGCAUGAACGUGUAUGGCUCAAGUUUUACAUUGAUUAUCGUGAUGGUAAACACGUAGCACAAUGGUUUCCAAGUCGUGGUAGGUAUUUGCGCCCAGAAGAUAAGCGUUCUCUUCCAGAAUGUGAUCCCCCAUCCUUUAUUAGAAUUCAAAGGCUUACUAUUUUUGGUCGAAUAACAAAAGAACUUAUUUUGUUUUUGAAUAGAAUUAAAAAAGCUAUGAUUUGUUGUCGAAUUGAUUUUGAGAAAGUUGAUGACUUUAUAUUGGAUUUGUUAAGUUUAAAUAUUACUGUGGAUGAUUUUUUUAGUGCAUUCCCCGAAAAGUGA